AUGGGUUCCUCCCAUUUUUCUUCUUCAGUAGUCAAGUGGCAAUUUUUCACAAAGCUGAAACUUUUCUCUCUCUUCUGUGCCUUCUCGCUGUCACUUAACGGUGUCGCUUCUUUUGAUUCUGACAAAUCUGUGCUGUUACAGUUCAAGGACUCAGUCGCUGAUCCUUUAGGGCUUCUCUCUGGCUGGAAUCUGAUCAACACCAACCACUGUCACUGGACCGGCGUGUCGUGUGAUGCUAAUUCGCGUGUUAUUUCGCUUAAUAUCACUGGAAAUGGCAACUAUAGAGGUAAGAAUAUUGGAAAUGGAACUGCUUUUUUGUGUUCUGGUGAUUCUGUUGAGCUUUCACUGUACGGGUUUGGGAUUAGGAGAGAUUGUAAGGGUAGUAAGGGGAUUUUAGGGGGAAAGUUGUUGCCUAUGAUUGCUAAGCUAGGUGAACUUAGGGUUUUAUCAUUGCCCUUUAAUGGGUUUCAGGGUUUGAUACCUAGUGAAAUAUGGGACAUGGAGAAGUUAGAGGUUCUUGAUCUGGAGGGUAAUUUUGUAUCUGGGCCAUUGCCGGUUACGUUUUCCGGGUUGAGGAAAUUGAGGGUUCUGAAUUUAGGGUUUAACAGGAUAGAAGGAGAGGUACCGGGUUCACUUUCUUACUGUGGAGGUUUGGAGAUUUUGAAUUUAGCUGGUAAUCGUAUUAAUGGGACAAUUCCAGGUUUUGUUGGUGGGUUUAAGGGUGUGUAUUUGUCAUUGAAUCAGCUUGGUGGUUCUCUGCCUGAGGAGUUUGGAGACAAGUGUGAGAAACUUGAACAUUUGGAUUUGUCUGGGAAUUUUUUGGUUGGAGGGAUUCCUAGUAAUUUAGGGAAAUGUGGGAAUUUGAGGACAUUGUUGUUGUAUUCAAAUCUGUUUGAAGAAAUUAUUCCACGUGAACUCGGCAAGCUUGGGAAGCUAGAAGUGUUGGAUGUGUCAAGGAAUAGUCUUAGUGGGUCAGUACCUCCUGAGCUUGGAAAUUGCUCGGCAUUGUCCGUGCUUGUGCUUUCAAAUAUGUUUGAUCCAUAUCAGGAUGUUAAUGGUACGAGGGGGCACAGUUUGUUGGAUCGUUUGAGUUCUGUGAAUGAAGAUUUCAAUUUUUUUCAGGGAGAUAUUCCUGCAGAUGUUCUGAAUCUUCCGAAAUUGAGGAUGUUGUGGGCACAGAGUGCAACUCUUGAAGGCAUGUUGCUGAGCAACUGGGAUUCCUGUGAUAGCUUGGAAAUGAUCAAUUUGUCUCAUAAUUUCUUCACAGGAGAAAUCCCUCGUGGGUUCAAUCGCUGCAAAAAGCUGUGGUAUCUGGAUUUGAGCUUCAAUAGGCUUAAUGGGGAACUUCUUGAGGAGUUUCCAGUUCCUUGCAUGACCGUUUUUGAUGUCAGUGGAAAUGCGUUGUCAGGUUCCAUCCCCAGUUUUCAUAGCAGCAGUUGCCCUCCUGUUUCUUCCAUGAAUGAUAAUCCCUUAAAUAUUUAUGACCCAUCAUCUGCCUAUUUAUCAUUUUUUGCAUAUAAAGCUCAGGCUGGGAGUCCUGCUAUGUCACUUGGAGGAAGUGGUGGAAUUGCAGUUUUACAUAACUUUGGGAGCAAUAACUUAACUGGGACUCUCCAGUCUAUUCCUAUUGCACCUGUAAGAUUAGGAGAGCAAACUGCUUACACGUUCUUGGCUGGAGAGAACAAGCUCAGCGGGCCAUUCCCAGGGGUUUUGUUUGAGAAUUGUGAUGGAUUGAACACGAUGAUUGUUAAUGUUAGUAACAAUAGAAUGUCUGGUCAGAUUCCGGCAAAUAUGGGUCCAAUGUGCAGAUCUCUCAAGCUUCUGGAUGCCUCUAAGAAUCAGAUUAUUGGAACCGUUCCCCCAAGUGUCGGCGAAUUGGUUUCUCUUGUUUCUUUUGACAUGAGUUCGAAUCUUUUGCAUGGGCAGAUACCAUCCAGUUUCAGCCAAAUAAGGGGUUUGGAGUACCUGUCUUUGGCUGGUAAUGGAAUAAAUGGUUCUAUUCCUUCUAGCUUAGGGAAGCUGCAAUCUUUAGAGGUUCUGGAUCUCUCUUCAAACUUUCUUUCUGGGGAGAUACCAAAUGAUCUUGUGAAUUUGAGAAACCUGGCUACUCUUCUGCUCAAUAACAAUAAACUCUCCGGGCAAAUUCCCUCUGGUUUGGCAAAUAUGACAUUCCUCGCAAUGUUUAAUGUCUCCUUCAAUAACUUGUCUGGGCCGCUGCCGUCAAGUAACAAUUUGAUGAAAUGUAGCAGUGUUCUUGGAAACCCAUAUCUACACCCUUGCCAUGUUUUCUCCCUAGCGGUGCCAUCUCCUGAUUCUCAAGGAAGGGCUUCUGAGGCACAAGGCUAUGUUUCUAGAUCAGGUCAAAUGAAGAGUCAGAAUGGUGGCUUCACUUCAAUUGAGAUAGCAUCAAUAGCCUCUGCAUCAGCCAUUUUUUCGGUUCUCCUUGCUCUGAUAUUCCUAUUCAUCUACACCAGAAAGUGGAAUCCGAAGUCCAAAUUAAUGGGAUCUGCCAGAAAGGAAGUAACAAUCUUCACAGACAUUGGGGUUCCCCUGACAUUUGAGAAUGUGGUGCGGGCCACUGGGAGUUUCAAUGCAAGCAAUUGCAUUGGCAAUGGGGGUUUUGGGGCCACUUACAAGGCAGAGAUCUCUCCAGGAGUUCUGGUGGCAAUUAAAAGGCUUGCAGUUGGACGAUUCCAGGGCAUUCAGCAGUUUCAUGCAGAGAUCAAAACCCUUGGAAGGCUCCACCAUCCAAAUCUUGUCACUUUGAUUGGUUAUCAUGCAAGUGAAACAGAAAUGUUUCUCAUAUAUAAUUAUUUGCCAGGUGGUAAUUUGGAGAAGUUUAUCCAGGAAAGGUCCACAAGGGCUGUGGAUUGGAGGAUACUUCACAAAAUUGCUCUGGACAUAGCUCGAGCACUUGCCUACCUGCAUGAUCAGUGUGUACCUCGUGUACUACAUAGGGAUGUUAAGCCCAGCAAUAUUCUUUUAGAUGACGAUUUCAAUGCCUAUUUAUCCGACUUUGGUUUAGCCAGGCUCUUGGGAACUUCUGAAACCCAUGCUACUACAGGUGUGGCUGGAACUUUUGGCUAUGUGGCCCCAGAGUAUGCAAUGACAUGCCGUGUUUCAGAUAAGGCUGAUGUUUAUAGUUAUGGGGUUGUGCUUCUUGAGUUGCUUUCAGACAAGAAAGCUUUGGAUCCUUCAUUUUCCCCGUAUGGGAAUGGUUUCAACAUUGUUGCAUGGGGAUGUAUGCUCCUCCGGCAGGGCAGGGCUAAGGAGUUCUUUACAGCAGGAUUAUGGGAUGCUGGUCCACAUGAUGAUUUGGUAGAAGUCUUACACCUGGCAGUUGUGUGUACGGUUGACACGCUUUCUACCAGGCCUACAAUGAAGCAGGUUGUACGACGGUUGAAACAGCUGCAACCGCCUUCAUGCUAG